AUGCAAAACAAUGACUUGCACAACGAGUCAGAAGCAAAGUUACUCCCAGCCGAAUCUCCAUCUGAAAAAUCCGAGAAGUUUGAGCUGACAUCUGAUUCAGUUUUAAAUUCCUACGGCAAUCGAAAUGCAUAUCAAUUAUUCGUAUUUAUCUCUAUGGCCUUGUGCUGGUGCUGGACUGCAUUCCCAGCAAUGGUCAUCACUUUUGCAGUCGGUGACAUUUGUAUGAACAAAACCGGGUGUAAACUCACACCGGGAAGCAUAAUCGAGGAUGUAAGUGGUAUGAUUAAAAAAAUCAAGCUUAAAAUUAUUAAGGAAUGAUUAAAACCCUCAAAUUUAGAAGGAUCAGUUUACAUCUAUGAAAUAAUUUCAGUUUCACUUAAUCGGCGCUGACUCUUACAAGGCAGAAAUUGCAAUUACAAUCUCAACCAUUGGUAACUUAUUUGGCUCUACUGUUUUAUCAAGGCUUUCUGAUAUGUAAGUUAGCUGUAGCGCCUCAUUUGGCCGGGUUGGCUUGUUAGUUAUGUAGGGAAAAUUGGGAAAGAAAUGAAGCUGCCUAAAGGAGAAAUGGCAAAAUUUCUUGAAGCUUUCAAAUGGGGCAGCUAACCAGUGACACGCUUGGCGACAUGGUUUAAAACCACCUUUUCAGGAAAGGCCGUCGCCCAGUAUUAAUAUCCAGUUUAUUUCUUCUCGGCCUCCUUGGCGUAUUGUCAUCGUUUUCUCCUAAUAUUUAUGUGUUUGCCUUUCUUCGGCUAAGCCAAGGAGUAUUCUCAUCAGUGAGUUUGAUCACAGAGCUAAAGAGCAAAAUGUACCAAAAUUUUUAGGGAAUCGCCUCAUCCAAUUGGGUCCUAGCUUAUGAAUCCACUUCCAUGGGUCUCCGCUCCUAUUCUUCGCUGGUUUUCGGCUUGGUUUGGGUCGUCGGCUAUGUCCUUGUAGCUCCUUUAUGCUAUUAUGUCACUUAUUGGCGACAUCAAAUCUUGGUUGCCUCAUUGCCUUGUGUAAUCUCGGCCAUAGUUUACUACUUUACAAUUCCGGAAAGUUUUCAUUUUGCUGUUUCGAACAAUCAAAAAGAAACCGUGAAAAGAUGGUAUUCAAAAAUGAAUGGAGGCAGAGAAAAUGGUAGAAAGAUGGAAGAAGUCGAUUUCUUAAUUGAAGAGCAUUUAAAUGACAAAAACGCAAACGAAAAAGAUGGGGAAAACAGCGGAUUAUUCAGUGCGUUGUGGAGAAAGAAGAGCUUCUUGGUGUACUUGCUGGUCAUUUCGUAUGUUUGGUAAGUAAUUUAUAGCAAUUCACUGGUUAAAUGGCUGUAUUUCGGGGAAAAGAAUGCCAUAACAAUUGUUGAAUAUUGAGACACAGCCGAGAUAUCAGUUCGUCGGGAAAAUAAUGUGGACUUGUUGCAGUAAAAUAUCUAGCUUUGUCGCAGUUGCUCAUCAAAUCUCCGGCAGCGGCUAGCCAUCACAAAGCAAUAAUGGGAAGAUGCGACAAAUCCACAUUAUUUUCCCGACAGACUGAUAUUUAUAAAAAAUUGGCAUUGACUUCCAAUUUGGGGUCCGUGUUUCAGGGGCCCUAGUUGUAAGCACUUACAUAUAAUGGCAAAAUAAGUAUACGAUUGCUAUGUCUGAAACUAAGAUAGAUUCUUGGACGUAUUACACGUGUGCAUAAUUGAUCACUUUAUUUUUGUACUGUAACAUAAUAGGGCAAUCAAAAAUAUUUGUCUAGAUUUCACUGACGACCGUUUAAAAUCUGCACAAAAAGAUUAGAACCAAAAAAGACGGCGUUUAAUUCAACCCAGAUUUAAAUUGACCGUCAGUUGGUACAUCUAUAAAAAAUUUUUCCUUAAUUUUUAAAUUCUUCUUUUUUUCUGAAAAGGCCAAUCUUCCGGGUUAGCCUGGGACCAUGUCUACUUUAGUCCGAGCGAAGUCUCAUCCAAAUCUGCAAGUCAGACCACUACAGUUCUCCAUAGAAAAUAUUUUUUUUCAGGAGCUCCGAUUCCUUCGUCUACUCCGGGCUUUACCUCAUCUCCACAACCUUGGCGGGCAACAAGUUUUGGAAUUUCGCCCUCACCGGAUUCGCCGAGAUCCCCUCCUACAUUGUCUCGCCUUAUCUUCUAGAAAAGAUGGGCCGGAGGGCAUUUGUUUCCGUAAUGCAUUUACUCACUUCGCUCGCAUUUAUUGGCACGAUUUUUAUUGAUCACGAGAAUGCUUCUUUCGGCUGUUGGUUGAUUGGGAAGUUUGCGAUUUCGUGCGCAUAUACCGCAAUUUUUGUCUAUUCUUCGGAAGUUUUUCCAACGGUUUAUCGAAGCGGUUGCAUUGGCAUAUGCAUGUUCAUCAGCUGCUUUGGAGGCGCGGCUUCGGGGAGUGUGAGGAGCAUGGUGAGUUUUUGUUAAUUUAAAGGUAAAAUACGCUGUAUGGAGCUAAUUCAAGACUUUUUUGCGUCUGAAGAAAUAAAACUUUGCAAACUAUUUGAUUACUAAAUACUCCCUAAUUUUCAGAAUGUAGUUUCUCCAAAUUUGCCGAACAUUUUCUUCGCUGGCGCGGCUCUGUUGGCAGCCCUUUUGACCUUGCUUUUGCCGGAAACUCGAGGGAAACAAUUGCCCGAUAGCACAGCAGAGGUUGAAGGUUUGAGUAUCGAAAAGGAAUCGGGAUAAUUGAUUUGUAAAUAAUUCCUAUUUGGCAAUAAAUUUUGAGAUUUCUGGUCUAAUUUUUCCAAAAAGUUUCAGUUUUUUAUUUUUCAAAAAACUUUUUAAAAAAGCAUUUUAAAUUUUUUUUCAUUUUUACCAUUUUCCACUGCCAACCGGUCAAAUGAAUCCCUUAUUUUUCAUCUUCUCCUUGGCUAUGUUGUUCAGUUUUGCAGUAGAAAAGCGAGAAUCUGCAGGACUGUCAAAGAGAUUUCUCGGCAACUGGACUGUGGCCUAUGAUGAGAAUUUCGAUGAGUAUUUGUAUGCACAGGAAUACGGCUACUUUCUCCGGCGGCUCUUUCGAAUGGUCACAAUCUCCAAGUCCUUUCAGGCGGUCAAGGGAACUAAUGAAAGAGGUAAGUGGAAAGCCACAUUUCUAGAGUAAUUUUUUGGGUCUCGGUGGUCAAUUUUAGGCCGAAGUAAACCUCGAUACAAUGAAGACCCUCUAUAACAAAUUUUUUUUUGCUAUUUAAGAUUUUUUGUAGAGAGAUUUGAGUGUCUCUCCAGAUCAAUAAACCACCAAUUCUAACACCUUAUUCUCCCCUUUUCAGACCCUCCAAAAUACAAGUACAAGCUCCGCGUCGGCAGUCACACCAUCAACUGGGAAUUCGAAUUGGAUAAAGAAUUUAUCGGCGAGUACUUGGAUGGAAAUAAUCACAAUGUUACCUUCUCAUACGACAACUCAACGAAAAUCUUGAGAGAAACUCAAAUCGCUAGUGACAAUCAAUAUAACCUGAAGCCGACUGUCUUCGAAUAUAGGAUUGUCAAAAAAAUGAUGAGAAUGAAAUUCCCACAUGAUCAAUUCAAGGUCUACAAGUAUUUUAAAAAAGAUGAAUAA